CGGCCCGGCGGGCGGGCGGGGAUGGCGGAGCAAUGGGAUCUGGACGAGGAGGGCAUCUGCCGCCUGGGAGCGCUGAACCUGGAGCACCCGGAAUUGGUGGAGUCUCUUUCAUUGCAGGGAUCUUAUGCUGGAAAAAUCCACUCCAUUGGUGAUGCCUUCAGAAAUUUUAAAAACCUCCGAUCCUUAGAUUUAUCAAGAAAUUUGAUCACUAGCUUGAAAGGCAUCCAGUAUUUAUGUUCACUCCAAGACCUGAAUUUAUAUUAUAACAACGUUCCUUCAUUAGUGGAGGUGUCCCGCCUACAGCCUUUACCCUUCCUCAAAGAACUAGAUUUGAGACUCAAUCCUGUUGUCAGGAAAGAUACAGAUUAUAGGCUCUUUGCUGUGUAUACGCUACAGACUCUGGAGAAAUUGGAUGACCGAGUCGUACGAGAAAGUGAGAGAAAAGCUGCCAAGCUACAUUUUAGUCAGCUGGGCAACAGUGAAAACUUUCUUUUAGAGGUGGAAAAAAGCUCUAGGGAGAAGAGCAUGAAAAACGGUAUGACAGAUGAGAGCUCUGCAUCAAAAGUCAGUGCUGAUGUUGAUAACAGGAUUGAAACUGACUCAAACAAAGGACUGUUUAUUCCCUUCCCCAACCGGGAAAUAAAGGAUUCCCUCACAAGCACUUCUGCAACCCAAAGCAACAGUAUCCCAGAUCAGAAAUCAGACACUUUCCCACUGGGGACACAGAUGCAAGAAGUGGGAAGAAGGGAGAUGCCAACUGAUAAUCAUCAGGAAGAUGAAUUCAGACACUACUCACCUCGCCAGUCCACAGUUCGAUCCCCAGAGAAGAUGGCUAAAGAAGGGUACCGAAUAUCUUUUGUGGACAAUAAAUCUUCAGGUUCUUCUCCAGAAAAGGACAUGCUACCAAAACCUGAUGCUUAUCAGCUUACCCAUGAUGCCUUAUUGGGUAAACGCUUGGAUGUCGGUGAUUCUAGCCAGAUCCAUCCCUAUCAGUUACCUUCAGAUAUUGGCCUAGACAAUUAUGAUAGUCAUUAUUCUCACACUCUAUCCCUGCAUGGAAGUCUUGGUAAAAGGCCUCAGAGAAGCAAGAACUACCGUGAAUAUAACAUGAAGCCUUCAAAUGACAUGAAGGCUUCCACAUCCCAUUCCUGUGGAGACUUACUGACUCCUCUGUCAAACCCUGACUCCAGCACUGGAAGACUUUUGAAGCUUAGUUCAGAUCUGUAUGCCACAACCCAUUUCAACAGUGACCCUGCUCUGCUGGUCAAUGUAGAGCAACAAUUAUCCACCGGCCUUGGGGAUUUGACCCCAGCACAUGGUCAUUUCCCAAACAACUCCGUCCUGGGAGACUCUCUACGCACCCUGCUGUUGCCUACUGGGACUUCAGAAAACAGAGAGAGUUUGACCAAGAGGUCACUAAGCCCAUCGAAGAGAGGAUUCAAACGGAAGGACAAUAUCUUUGCCACGCUGAAUCCAAAGCAUGGUUUCAGAGAUGCUGCAGGCAGCGAGCCUCUCUCUAGUGACCUGGGCAGUUUGCACGGUUUGCCAGGAAACCACAGUUCCCAGAUCUCUGCCAGAACCUCCCAUGUGGCCACUGUCCUCAGACAGCUCCUGGAGCUUGUGGAUAAGCACUGGACCGGCUCCGGCUCCCUCCUCCUUAACAAGAAGUUUCUGGGUCCUGCCCGAGAUCUGCUUCUGACUUUGGUAGUCCCUGCUCCUUCCCAGCAGUGGUGUCGCUCACAUCCUGAAGAUGCGUCCAAAGCCUUCCACAGGAGGGAGAUGGAACUGAAGGAGGCUGGGCAGGUGGUCCCUAAUGACAUGGAAAGUUUGAAGCAAAAAUUGGUCAGAGUGCUGGAGGAAAACCUCAUUUUAUCUGAAAAAAUCCAGCAGUUGGAGGAAGGUGUUACCACCUCAAUUGUGAGUGGGCACCAGCCCAACACUUACGAUGAUCUUCUGCGCAAAAACCAACAGCUGAACCUACAGGUGGCUUGCCUGAACCAGGAGCUUUCCCAGCUGAAAAAGCUGGAGGAGACAGUGGCCCUUCUCCAUGAAAGUCAGAGAUCCCUGGUGGUAACUAAUGAGUAUCUGCUGCAGCAGCUGAAUAAAGAGCAAAAAGGUUAUUCUGGGAAAGCACUCCUGCCUCCUGAGAAGAAUCAUCGCUUAGGGAGAUCAUCGCCCUUUGGGAAAAGCACGCUGUCUUCCUCCCCACCAGUGGCACAUGACACGGGUCAGUAUCUAAUACAGAGUGUCUCCAACUCGGUCCCAGAGACUAGUUUAUGGAGCUAGCUAGCACUGAAUACCUUCUCUGCAGCUUCCCUUUCAGCCACAGGGGACUCUCAAUGUCGUUUCCACCAGUGUGGUGGUAUUUACCCACAAGAUUAAGAAAAAAAAUCUUAUUCUGAUUACA